AUGCCACAAGAAGUAUACAGUGUUGCCGCAAAAGAUGUUCGAAAAGCUAUUGAUUCCUUGAUUGUUCAGAUGGUUCAUAUCAAGGAUGACUCUGGGAAAUUCCUAUUACGACUGGAGGACGGUAGAGUGAUAGAUACGAAAGGAUGGCAGGGUUGGGAAUGGACACAUGGAAUUGGACUUUAUGGUCUUUGGAAAAACUAUUGCCUCACUGGAUCUCAGGAGUCUCUAGAAAUUAUCGAGAAGUGGUUUCAGAAUCGCUUCGAUGAAGGGGGGACUACAAAGAAUAUCAACACGAUGGCUGCAAUGUUGACGCUGGCAUAUGUAUAUGAGCAGGACAAAGUCAACAGUCAUUUACCAUGGUUGGAGAACUGGGCCGAGUGGGCCAUGUAUGAACUUCCACGAGCAAAAUACGGCGGAAUGUCACACAUGACAUACAACUCCACGAACGCUCAAGAAUUAUGGGACGAUACACUAAUGAUGACGGUUCUUCCUCUAGCGAAGAUUGGGAAAGUCUUAAACCGACCACAUUAUGUGGAAGAAGCGAAAAGACAGUUUCUCCUCCAUAUCAAAUAUCUUUUUGAUACCAAAACCGGGUUAUUCUUUCACGGAUGGACCUUUGCAGACGGAGGACAUAAUUUUGCAAAGGCAUUGUGGGCAAGAGGUAACUCCUGGUUAACAAUUGCCAUUCCCGAAAUGCUGGAACUACUCGACUUACCGACAAACGACCCAUUUCGUAUCCAUCUUAUCGAUACUCUAGAAGCGCAAUGUCAAGCAUUAAUUCAAUAUCAAGAAACUGAUGGUUUAUGGCGCACACUGCUGGAUCAUACCGCAGACGAAGGAUCAUAUGUAGAAAGUUCUGCCACGGCUGGGUUCGCAUACGGCAUGUUGAAAGCACUGAGAAUGCGCUAUAUAGUAGGAGAGGAAUAUCGAAGCUGUGCGGUUAAAGCCGUAAAAGCUGUUUUGGGAAAGGUUAGCGAUGAAGGGGAAUUAUUGGACGUUAGUUUUGGGACAGCAAUGGGCCAUACCUUGCAGCAUUAUAUCGAUAUCGAUAGAACAAGUAUGCCAUAUGGUCAGGCCAUGGCGAUAAUGGCAUUGGGCGAGUUUUUGAGGGUGUUCAUCUGA